AUGGCAGAUAGCUUGGUGGAACCACUCAUCGGCGCUACCAUAGCCAUGAUGUGCCUCACAACGCUGGUCAUAUCCGUACGCGUCGGCGUCAGGGCAAGCCUGAGGACGUAUGGACUUGAUGAUGUCCUCAUUGUUGCAAGCUGGGUGUUCACCAUGGCCAUGUGCAUUCAGACUCUUGUGUCUGCUCAUGCAGGCUUUGGUCGCCAUCAUCAAGACGUUGAUCCAGUAAACUACGAGCGAUUCCUCAAGUUAACGAUAUCGACAUCUUCAACGUACAGUUACGGUCUUGCGUUGGCUAAAAUGUCUUUUGCCGUGUUAUACAUCCGCAUGCUUCCCGAGAGACGACUCAUCAUCGUCAACAAGACGAUCGUUGUAUUCUUGUGCUGCCAAGCCAUCGAAGAAAGCAUGAUUCCAAUUUUCCAGUGUCAUCCAAUCUCGAAAGCAUGGGUUCCGAGUAUGGUAGGGACCUGCCUUGACCUACCUGUGCUGUGGUGGAUUGGCUUUGCUUUCAACCUUUGCACUGACUUGAUCCUUUUCAUUCAACCGAUACCGUUCCUUUGGAGGCUUCAACUGCCAAUCAUCAAGAGACUUGGUCUCAUUGCUAUGCUGUCACUUGGCUUGAUGGUCUGUGCGAUUUCCGUUAUCCGGAUGCACUCCGUGACUGAAAUGGGUCUCGAUGAUACGCACGACCUUGCCGUUCCUAUCAUAUGGUCAGAGGCUGAAGUCAGCACCUUGAUUAUCUGCUCCUGCGUGCCAUUUCUACGAAAGCUGGCCCAGAGGCUCCCUUGGUACCAACGGAUGUUUGAGACAACCAACCACGACUCGCAGCUGCCACCGGUAGAAACCAUAGGCCACGCUAGGAGACGCAGUCCGUUUGGAUCUAAAGAAAAUGGAAGAGGAAAAGAUGUGUUCGGUGACGAUUUAGGGUUGACGGGAUCAACCCUCACAUAUCCCAUGAGCGUUCUGAGCCGGCCAGCGAAUCCGACCAAUGACGACACGGCAGAGAUCCAAUGCAUUACUUCUGCAAAUAUGGAUAACUCUACCGUCAUUCCAGAAUCCAACAGGGACCUCGAAGCGAAUGCCGAAGUCAUCCAAACGCCACUGAAACUACAUAGUCCGAGCAGUCCGCUGAGCGACUCAAAAAGCGUCGAGGCACCAUAG